AUGAACGCAACAACGUCCAAGAGCAAGAGAGGCCCAACGGUGUUAAUCACGGAUGCGCGAGAUGCUCAACCGCGGGUGCAACAACGGCCAGUGACAUCGCAACGCCCGGGCGCGAAGCUGAUAUCCGUCGACAACAUCCUUCAAUACGCCUCCGAUAUUCCCUCCCAACAGCGCCGUGGCCCACCCGGCCACCGUCCGAUCAUGCACACGCGAACGCCUAGCGGACGGCACCCAUUAGACCCCAGGCUCUCCGGUCGCCUGAUACCGCAGCAUAUGCCCUCUCGUACCAGCAAGCUCAGCGAGAAGCUCGUCCUUCUACCGGAAACACAGGACGGUGAGGAGGAAGAUGAGAAGGGCGACUUCGGCGAGGACGAGGAGGAGGGGCCGCCUACAGAUGAGGACCUGGCGAGACGGACUAUGAAAGGCGGACCGAAGGACAAGAGCUAUGCAGAACGUUUGCCCAAGGCGAGACGGGCGGAGAAGCUGUCGAGAGUCACGGCAUACUGUACGGCGCAAGCAUAUAAGAUGAAGAGCACGGCGGAGUUUGUGAAGACGCAGCAUAAUGCGAGGACGAAGCUCUACGACGACUGCCUGUACUGCGUGUACCAUCUCCCGCUGCUACCGGGAGUCGAAGGAUAUAGAGUAAGGAGUAGUCCCGCUCUGAAGAGUCCAGGAGGCAAAACUGUGCUGGAUGAGGAAAUAGAGAGGAAUGAGCGGCGGGGGCAUGAAGAAGGCUACUUUGAAGAUGCAGAGCAGUACAGCAUCCGGGACAGCGGCGAUGAUAGUCCUGACCACAGUCCGCACGACCACCCGCGAAUACGAUCGCCUGUAAGGGAACCUGGAGAAGGCGUGCCCAAGCGCGUCCCGCCAAAUGCCCUCUCCUUUGGUGAAAUGUUCGUCUUCUCCUACGGGGUUGUGGUCUUCUGGAACUUCACCGAACGACAAGAGAAGGAUAUCCUCGCUGACCUCACCUUCUCCACCUCUUCAACAGGCGUCAACCUCGCCACGCGCCCUCUCGACGAUGCCGACUUCGAGACGGAAGAAUUCCACUUUGAGUACAAUCCCGAGAUACCUAGGCCCCGCGUCUAUAAUGAUAUGAUUACGUUGAAGAGCGGGGAUCAUAUGAUUAAGCUCGCGAUGAGCCAUGCGAUUGCACAGAGUACGAAGUUGAGCUUAUUCGAGGAGGGCAUGUCCAGGACAAUGCUGCAAGCGCAGUACGUGCCGAAGAGGUUGGCAUUAACGGGUAAGCUGGGCAUGAGAAGGACUGAUGUGGUGAAGAUGAUUGGGCAAUUGUUCACCAGUCGGGUGGAUGUCAAUCUUUCAUCCAAUAUGCUCGACACGCCCAACUUCUUCUGGGACUCCGAACCUACCCUACAUCCGCUCUACUCCGCCGUGCGCGAAUACCUAGAAAUCAAACCCCGCAUUCAAGUUCUUAACGAGCGCUGCCGCGUCUUCCUCGACCUCGGCGAGAUCCUGUCCGACUCUAUCUCCGACAAGAAAAUGACACGCAUCACCUGGAUCAUCAUUGUGCUUAUUAUCAUCAGCAUCUGCGUUACAUGUCUAGAGGUGUUGCUCAGGUUUGCGAUUCUGCAUAGUAAGGGGAGGGCUGUUGGGGCGGAGGGGCUGAGGAGGAGCUCGGUGGCGGGACCGACCUUGUUGUUUGGAAGGGCUGUGGUGUGGGGUGUGGGGACGGUUAAAGGGGCGUUUGUUUGA